ACCUUCUCUCUCAUAAACUCAACCAGGCCAGACGGCAACCAUGCAGAUCUUCGUGAAGACCCUGACGGGCAAGACCAUAACCCUAGAGGUCGAGUCCUCUGACACCAUCGACAAUGUGAAGGCCAAGAUCCAGGACAAGGAGGGCAUUCCACCGGACCAGCAGCGCCUCAUCUUUGCCGGAAAACAGCUCGAGGAUGGACGGACUUUGGCCGACUACAACAUCCAGAAGGAGUCCACUCUUCACCUUGUGCUUCGCCUUCGUGGAGGGGCCAAGAAGCGCAAGAAGAAGACCUAUACGAAGCCCAAGAAGCUCAAGCACAAGAAGAAGAAGGUUAAGCUCGCCGUGCUCCAGUUCUACAAGGUGGACGACUCUGGGAAGGUUCAGAGGCUGAGGAAGGAGUGCCCCAACGCGGAGUGUGGUGCUGGGACCUUCAUGGCCAAUCAUUUUGACAGGCACUACUGUGGCAAGUGUGGGUUGACCUAUGUGUACCAGAAGGCUGGUGGAGACUAGAAAGGAAUAAAGGUUUAGUCUCUUGGGUACUUUUUUGGUCGCUUUGUUAAGUUUCAAUGUUAUUGGAAUGGUAAUUUUGGUUUUUUAGAAGAUUUGGGACACGGGUUUUUGAUAUUCGGCUACUUCAUGUGAUAGUUUAUAUAAGUGCUGGAUUUAUUGAUAUUCUGAUUUUAUGCAAUUGAAUAAUUUGUCUACAUUUUAAAGGUUUUAA